AUCCCCCCCUGUUUCACACGCGCUGGUGGUGCUCCCCGGCUCCAUGGUCGCGGCGGCGCCGUGAGUGAUGCCUCCGAAGUUGGGCAGCGUGGACGAUGCCCUGCGGCCGCUGAUGGAGCUGGCGGAGCUGGCGGCACCUGAGGACGGCGAGGAGGAGGAUAUCUCCUUCACGCAGGAGCUCCUUACCUAUCCCAGCCCUCGGCAGAAGCGGGCGAAGCGGGCGGCCGACGCGAUGAGUCGAGCGCGAGCGUUGCAGAUGAUGCCGUCGCCAUGCAAGAAAGCCAUUUCCGCCCCAGCAGUGGCCUCCACGGCGGCCGGCCCGGGCGAAGAUGAACUAUUGAAAGACUUCAAGGUGACGGAUGUGUUGAGCAAGAUGGCCGAUCGCUCCGUACUCCUGGCCGAGAAGCGCCGGCGGGCAGACGGAGCGGACGGAGCGGGAUCCUGCCAGGUGGCCCUGAAAAUCAUCCAGAAGCACCGCCUCACUUCAGCCGCCACUUCAGCACCGUCACAAAGCCCAGUGGCGAAGGAGCCGAGCAUGGGGAGCGAGGCCGAACUGAUGCGGCAGCUGAAGCAUCCGAACAUUGUGCAGCUCCAGGAAGUCUUGGAGGACGAAGAUCGUGUGUGCCUGGUGAUGGAAUACAUCUCAGGCGGGGACAUGCUGCAGGACCUCAUCCGUCAGGGCCGUUUCUUGGAGCCGCACGCGCGGCGCUUGCUGAAGGAGCUCGGCAGCGCCAUGGAGUAUGUGCACAGCAGGAACAUCGUGCAUCGGGACUUGAAGCCUGAAAACCUCCUCCUCACCAGCAGCGAUCGCGCCACUACGGCCGUGAAGAUCUCCGACUUUGGCAUCUCUCGUUGGACAAUGAGCAGCCAGGACUGCCGUACCUAUUUGGGUUCUCGCGACUACCGAGCUCCCGAAGUGAUCCAUUUGGCCCUGAAGAAGGGCCGGCGAGCUGGGCGUUCGCCCAGCCGGUCGGUCGCGAGCGCUGAGGGCUAUGGGAAGCCAGCAGAUUUAUGGAGCCUCGGCGUGGUGGUCUAUGUGAUGCUGAGCGGAGAGAGAGCCUUCGAAAGUCAAAACAAGGUCGAGCUUGAGAUUGUGCAGGGCCUUUGGAGCUUCUCCUCCGAGGUGUGGCAGUCCAUCUCCGCAGAGGCCAAGGACCUGGUCUCCGCCCUCAUGCAGCAGGAGCCAAAGAAGCGCCUCACAGCCGCUCAACUGCUGCAGCACUGCUGGCUGAACACCUGAGGAACCGGAGCACGCGGCCGACCGCGGCGCAGUCCGGGACGGAACCGAGUUCGUGCG